AGAACCGCUGCUUACAUUAGACUUUUAUAUCUGAUUAUUUGAAAAAGAAAAAAGAAAUAACUUCACAAAUAUUACUCACGUUUUUCAUUUGAUUUCUAGAUCAUUAGAUCCACAAGCUGAUAAAUUGAGACUCAUCUCUGAUGUACGAGAGUAAAUUUUCACGUUGCACAGAGUAACUCGAAAUUAUCUCUGCCGCCCAGCGGUCGCAGAAAAUACGUUUUUAGCGAGACGUUUCCCUAUUUAGUAUGAGGGAUUUCAAGAUGGCGGAGCUUAAAAUAGAAGCUCCGCUUGCGAAGACGGAAGAAUGGUCAGAUUUUAGUGAUUUUCAAAACUCUGAAGACUUUGAAAAUUCUAACAGGGACACAGAACAAACUUCUGCAGCUAAUGAUAAUUCUUUUGUGGAUAAUUUUAACGAUACUUUUUCGAACUCCCUUGAAGACCUUGUUAACACUUUUGACGAGAAAAUAACGAAUUGUUUUUACAACUAUGAUGAAAAGGUUGAGAAGCUAGCCCCAGUCCAAGUUAGGACUCAAGAAGAGAUUAUGAGUGAAUGCCAGUAA